CCUCGGGGCCCUGGCACCUGGCUGGAUGAAGCUGCUGUGGCUGUACUUUUGCUCCCAAGAUUUCACAAGGGGCACAAGACUGCUUGGGGGUGCACAGGCAGGGAGGGGAGCCAGUGCCUGGCGUGGCCAACUUGUGUCUCUCUGUGCAGAUUCUUUGCUGGCAGAACUGGAACAGAGCUCCCGCCCAGCCUCUAAGGAGUGCCUGACACAGGCACCAAGCUCCUGCAAGCAGGAUCCAGCCUCAGCCGGGCCCCCAGCCCCCUGUGGCCAUGAGCCACCUACCUCAGUGGCCCUGAAGGUGCAGCUUCCACCUCGGGUUCAGUCUUCAGGACAGGUUUCAAAGACAGUGUACAGCUCCGUGCUGGUCCCACAGCCACUGUUGCCCGCGCCCCCGCCCGCCACAGCUGCCCAGCAGCUGGAUGAGCUCCUGGCUGACCUGGGCCACAUACAGAACAAGCUGGCAGCAGCAGGGCAAGGAGCCGGGCGGCCAGCGGAGCCCUCGCUGGACAAGAUGCUGGGCAGCCUCACCCAGGACCUGCAGGAGCUGGGCAUCACGGCCGCCCCCGCCGGCACCUGUGCCGCUUGCCACAAGCCCAUCGCUGGCAAGGCGCUCACGGCCCUGGGAAAAACCUGGCACCCCGAGCACUUCACCUGCAGCCGCUGCGGGCAGGAGCUGGGCGGCCGGCCCUUCUUCGAGCGGCAGGGGCAGGCGUACUGCGAGGAGGAUUAUCACCAGGACUUCUCCCCCCGCUGCGCCUACUGUGCUGGCCCCAUACGUGAGAAAGUCCUGACGGCUCUGGACCAGAGCUGGCACCCCGAGCAUUUCUUCUGUGCCCACUGUGGGAAGGUGUUUGGAGAUGAGGGUUUCCACGAGCGGGGCGGGAAGCCAUACUGCUUACAGGACUUCCUGGCCAUGUUUGCCCCGAAAUGCCAGGGCUGUGAGCGCCCCGUGAUGAACAAUUACCUGUCGGCCCUGCAGGGCGUCUGGCACCCCGAGUGCUUCGUGUGCGCGGAAUGCCUGAGCAGCUUCACCAGCGGCUCCUUCUUUGAGCUGGAGGGUCGGCCCUACUGCGAGCUGCACUUCCACCAGCGCCAGGGCAGCAUCUGCCACGGCUGCAGCCGCCCGGUCAGCGGGCGCUGUGUCACUGCCGCGGGGCGCAAGUACCACCCCGAGCACUUCACCUGCAGCUUCUGCCUGCGACAGCUGCACAAAGGCACCUUCCGCGAGUGCAGCAACAAGAUGUACUGCCAGGCCUGCCACGACAAGCUCUUCCUCUGACUGGUGGCUCUGCAGCUGCCCCCCAGCACAGCCACCCUUCCUUCCUGGCUGGAUGGCCCCAGUACCAUCCCCAUCACCAACAUCCCUGCUGAGCCAAACAGCCCUUCUAUUGUCCCACUGAGCCAAAUGUCCCCAGCACUGUGACUGCCAAGCCAAACACCCCAGGCAUCAUUCCUUGUCCCCCUCCCCCCAAGACAUUCCUGGCACUGUCCCUUCCUCCUGGCCAAGCCACAUGCCCGGGGCAUUGUCCCCUCCACCUGAAGCAAUA